AUGACACGCAUCCUUCUUACCGGCGGAAGCGGCUUUAUUGCUGCACACGUCCUUGACACUCUUCUUGAGCGUGGUCAUUCCGUUGUGGCGACGGUCAGAUCUCAGGAAAAAGGACAGAGAAUCCUCGAUGCCCAUCCAACAGUCGGAAAAGAGAGACUUGACUUUGUAGUCGUUGAAGACAUUGCGCAGCCAAAUGCAUUCGAGAAAGCUGUCAUUUCAGACCCUCCCUUCGAGGCAGUGAUUCAUACUGCUAGCCCUUUCCACUUCAGGGCAGUGGAUGCUCAAAAUGAACUACUCGCUCCAGCACUCAACGGAACCAAAGGCAUUCUCCAUGCCAUCAAGAAAAGCGCUCCCUCGGUCAAGAGAGUUGUUGUUACGUCUUCCCUUGCUGCGAUGUUUGAUGUAGCGAAGCCAGGUGACUAUGUAUACUCUGAAGCGGACUGGAACCCAAUCAAGGAAGACGAGGUUGAUAAGAACCCGACCUUUGGGUAUCGCGGUAGCAAAACCUUUGCUGAAAAAGCAGCAUGGGACUUCAUCGAGAAGGAAAAACCAGGUUUCACCCUUGCAACGUGUAACCCACCCCUUGUCCUGGGCCCUGUUAUCAACCAUCUGGCCUCAUUGGACUCAAUCAACACUUCUAACGAACGAAUCCGCGAUUUGAUCACCGGUAAAGCAAAGGAGAGCUGUCCACGCACUGGCACUUCGCUCUGGGUAGAUGUCAGAGACGUCGCUCUGGCGCAUGUCCUGGCAGCCGAGAAGCCGGAGGCAGCGAACAAGCGGUUCUUCCUUACAGCCGGCAACUACAGCAACACGGAAAUUGUUGGUAUAAUUUCCGACCAAUUCCCGAACCUCAAGGAUAAACUGCCCUCAGGCGAGGCUCUCGUCCCCGGCGAUGUCCCUCCAGAGUCGCGUAUUGGGUUUGAUAACUCCAGGUCGAAGGAGGUUCUGGGGUUGACCUACCGGCCCCUGAGAGAAUCCGUAGUGGAUGCAGUGAAAAGUCUCCAGGGCCUGUUGCGGGGUGAUUAG